AUGGAUCUAGUCUGGUCGUCUCAGCUUCUGGUCGCGCCGCCAGAUCGCGCCCCUAGAUUACCGGGCGACAAGAUCACCUUGCCGCAAUCUGCACUCGAACAGCUCCUGGCUGCCGCCCCGCUUCAAGCUGUUCCCGGCAAUAAUCGAGCGCAUACUUCGACAUUCGACCCAUUCAACCACCACACCUUCGCUGCCGAAUCGCUUGCUCGUCAGCAAGUAGAGCAACGUCAGCAGCAGCUCCCACACCCAUUGACAUUCCGAAUCGUUAACCCUCAGAAUGGUCGCUUCAUCUACGCCGGCAUCCGCGAAUUUUCGGCCGAAGAAAACGAGGUCGCACUAAGUGCACUGCUGCGGGACUCGCUUGAUAUCAAGGAUGAAGAAUUCUUAAACAUAGACGGGGAGUCACAUAUUCCCACCUCUCCGGGAAGCAACGCAGCCCCUCCGCGAGCCGGCCCCGCUGUCACCGUGCAUGCGAAGCAGUUACCCAAAGGCACAUACGUCCGUCUCCGCCCGCUGGAAGCUGGAUAUGACCCAGAAGACUGGAAGGCUUUGCUGGAAAGAUAUCUGCGGGACAAUUUCACGACUCUGACGACUGGCGAGCUUUUGACGGUGCCGGGGACGCGAAGCGAGUCCUUCAGGUUCUUGGUCGACAAAGUUUUUCCCGAAGGCGAAGGAAUCUGUGUUGUAGACACAGAUCUCGAGGUUGAUAUCGUGGCCCUAUCGGAAGAACAAGCUCGGGAAACGUUGCAGAAAAGGCUGGAAAAGUCCGCGCGCGCGCCGGGUACGAGCAGUGGCAGUUCUAUCGGUGGUGUUCUCAGCCUAGGAGAGGAUGUAACAGCCCAAGUCUUGCCUGGGGAAUGCGUGGAUUAUGAGCUUCGAGAAUGGAACCGGGAGGAUAUCAUCCAGGUCGAGGUAAACACGGAUGAUCCAGACUUAAGUAUCUUUGCUAGUCCUUUUGCCCCACGCCAGCAAGGUCGCCCAAGGGCAGAUAUGCAUGUGUGGGGUGAUUUCUCGAGCCAAUCGCCCAAGAAGUUUUUGCUUAGGCCCACGAAUGUGGCUUUGGAAGGCGCUGAGGCUCUCUAUAUCGCAGUUCAUGCCGAUUCUGCAAACGACGAAUCUUCCAAGUUGCCGGAAAAGUCGCCUUCGCAGUAUCAGAUCCGCAUUACUGUGAACCCAUCUGAUGUUUCUGAUUCAUUGGAACAGGGAGAGGAUACUCACGAGUCUGGCGAUGUGCAGUGCAAGAACUGCCUGCAAUGGGUUCCUGAGCGGACACUGGUUCUGCACGAAAACUUCUGUUUUCGUAAUAACAUUCUCUGUCCACAGUGUCAGAACGUGUUUCAAAAACGAUCUCCAGAAUGGCAAAAUCACUGGCAUUGUCCUAACGACUCCAGCCAUGGCAACGAUACGCCGAGCAAAGAAAAGCAUGACACUACUUUCCAUGAAAUCCACCAGUGUCCCGACUGUGAAUUGGCCCUCGAGGGUCUCCCAGCUCUUGCCCAGCAUCGCACUAGCGACUGCCCUGGAAAAUUGAUUCUCUGUCAAUUUUGUCACCUUCUCGUACCACAGAAAGGGGAUUCCGAUCCUGAAUUUCACGAUCCCGAGGUAAUGCUUUCUGGCCUUACACCCCAUGAACUGGUGGACGGAGGACGCACCACCGAAUGCCAUCUUUGCAACAAGAUAAUCCGACUCCGCGACAUGAACACCCACCUCCGUCAUCACGAACUAGAGCGUCUAUCUCGCCCCGCCCCUCGCAUAUGCUUAAAUCAAAAUUGUGGUCGUACCUUGAAUAAUGCAGGAAACGACUCUCUGGGUUUGUGCAACUUCUGCUUUGGACCUUUAUAUGUGGACACCCACGACCCCGAAGGUAAAGCCCUGCGCCGCCGCAUUGAACGCAAAUACCUGUCUCAGAUGAUGACUGGCUGCGGAAAGGCCUGGUGUCAAAAUGAGUACUGCAAGACCGCCAAAGAGAAAAAGCAAGAUGCCUCCAGCCCUCCGGUCACCAUGGCGGUGGCCGAUAUCAUGAAAGCGACGCGUCCGCUUGUUGAAGCUCUCAAUACUAAGCCCGAUGUGCCAAACACUGCACCCUUCUAUUUCUGUGCCGAUGAGACAAGUCAACAUCGUCGGACACUAGCUGAAUUAAUUGCUGCUGAAAGUGCGGGCCUUGAGAGCAAAGGAUAUGACCUUGCAUGGUGUAUUGCAGGAGCUGAGGCUGCAAGUGGCGAUUUGGAAAAGACGAGAGAAUGGUUGUCGAAAUGGGCUCCAACGCAAAGCUAA